UCUGUGUCUCUUUUUUCCUCUUUCCGACCGUUGGAGGAACUUGAGCUUCUUCGGUCCUUCUACUUUUUGUCCAUCUUGAGGUUUGAGCUCUCUCUCUCUCUCUCUCUCUCUCAUGGCGUUCCAAGAGGGAGUGCACGGAAAGGAAAUUGGUUCGCAGAGAGAGAACUCUGGUGUUACUGGAGAAAGAUGCUCCGGUUCGUGCUCUUCAACGAUGUCGUCGUCGGCAGCGGCGGCGGAGGGGGAAGAGGAGGCGACAUUUUGGGGUAACGAGUCGAAAUGCGAGGUGGAUCGGAUGGUGAAGAUCGAGCUCGAUGCGGCACGAGCUUUAGCGGAUUUCGUUCAGUUAGCGCAGCUCGAGAGUGAAAACCCUAGUGGUGGAUCGAGCGGGAAGUGGGGGAACAAAAGAAGGAGAUCGAGGAAGCGAAUCAAGAGUGAGUCUCCAGCGAGGGAGUUGGGGAAGGACUUGGAGAACGCUGAUACUCAGAUUUCCAAGGAGGAUGCAAUGAUAGAUCAGAGGCAACAUAAAAAUCUGUGCAAUAAUGUGAUGAUAAAAACAGUGAAGGUUGAACCAGAUUCUGAAUUACAUAGAUCAAGUGCUAUACACCCCACAGGUUGUGCAUCAGUUGUUAGAGGCAGGUCAAGGCAAAAUUUGACUGAGGCUGAGAAGGAAGCACGCAGAUUACGUAGAAUAUUAGCCAAUAGAGAAUCCGCAAGGCAGACAAUUCGCCGUAGGCAGGCUAUGUGCCAGGAGUUGACAAGAAAAGCUGCUGAUCUAGCAUGGGCCAAUGAGAAUAUGAAGCGGGAAAAGGAGUUGGUCAUGAAAGAGUAUAAGUUGCUGAAAGACAGAAAUGAACACCUUAAAGCUCAGAUGGCCAAGACUGUAAAGGCUGAGGUGGAGGGAACUCCAGAAAAAACUGCAUCAACAAAUGUUGAGAUAUCAGCACCUUCCUCUUCAAAGCUCCCAUUGCUUUUGUACAAUGGACCCCCUUUUCCACCCUUUAUCUGGCCUGCCAUCAUUCAACCAUUAAAUCCUAUCCAAAUGCAAUCCGCUCAUGCUACUUUUUUGCCGGAUCAGGUGCAUUUAAACUCCGAUCUCAGUUCAUCAAGCGAACAAGGAACCUCCCAAUUUCUUAAUGGGCCAAGAACCCCCUUUUACAUCUUACCAUGUCCAUGGUUCUUCCCUCUUCCAGAACAUAGGAACCAUCUCCAGCCUCACCCCAUUAAAUUAUUUGGCUCAAAGGAUGAACAGGAUAACGCUUCUAUCCAUGCCCAACAUGAUAGAGAAUCUUUGAAAGAAUUGGAAAAUGUAGAUAACCAUGACCUAUCUCUAAAUACAAGUGCCAAAAUAGAUGCUUCAAGUUCAAUGGAAGCCAUCCCAGCUAAUAAUAAUCCUUCUAAAACUUCAACUGGAUUCCCGACAGAUGCAGGCCAGACUUCGGGGUCUCAUCCACAGGGGAUGCCAUUGAUGCCUUCACCUGUAAGUUGUGUCCAGCAUGCUUCCACUGUCAAGUGUGAGAAUGAGUUCCAACCAGAUUCUACUUCUGCAGAAGAAACUGCUUCCUUCACAGCCAGUCAUGUAGGAAUCUCUUUACCAGAAAGGAUGUUUGCACCCAGCAUGCACCUGAGUAAGAAACUGGUGGAUGCAGCUGAAGCUAGAAAGAGGAGGAAAGAACUCACAAAGCUAAAGAACCUCCAUAAUAAGCAAUUACGGUUACACUGUUGAGUGGUGAAAUUGGAUUAACCCCAAAUGUUCCUCUUUGUUGUUUGACUGUGAUAAGCAUCUAGUUCUGACGUAACUUACAAAUUGAUUCUAGUGCAUAAUGGUUUCACUAGAAUUUUAAGAGGUUGUCGAAGGAAACAACCACCCAGUUGUAGUUAUUUCUGGAUCUUAAGGAUUAAAGCUGUUUUGGAGCCGCUAGAGAUUUUCUUUCUUGAA